AUGGGUGUUUCUAACUUAUUUCAUUCCCCUUUACACUUUGAGUUCUUCGUAUCCGUUGUUUUAUUACAUGAGUUAUUUGAACAAUACCUAAAUUUCCGACAAUAUCGCUUUGUAAAAAAGAAACUAUCAGGAGAUAAAACAUUUUUUCUUGAGAAUAGUGCUGAUAAAAUAUAUAAAAAGACAUUCGAAGCAGUUAGCGAGUAUUUAAACUCAGAUGAUUACAAAAAAACUGUGCAAUAUUCUUAUGAUAAACUUAAAUUUAGCGUUUUUAACUCGUUGUUCCAUUUUUUGUUAGAUAUCCUUCUUUUGUUUGUUUUGUUUUCACCCAAAUUAUGGAAAUUUUCUGGUACAGUAAUUAAAAAAAAUAACGAAUAUACCCAAUCACUCAUAUUCUGUGGAAUCAAAAUGCUAUUCGAUACUUUUAUUGAACUUCCUUUUGGACUAUACUCUGAUUUCGUCCUGGAAGAAAAACAUGGAUUCAAUAAAAAAACAUAUAAACUUUUCGUAAAGGAUUUGCUAUUAACUCUUCUCCUACAAUGUGUAAUAGGAGGCCCAGUUCUCUGCGCACUUAUAUUCUUGGUUAAUUGGGGAGGAGAACUUUUCUACUUCUACGUAUUCGGAUUUAUCGUUGUUUUCAACUUUAUCAUGUUGAUAAUUUAUCCAGAAUUAAUCGCGCCCCUUUUCAAUAAGUUCGAACCACUCCAAGACCAGGAACUGAGAACGGAUAUCGAAAAUCUUGUACUUAUUACGAUUUUAAUCAUGUUUAGGCACGUAAAGUUGAUUUCCCACUCAAAGAAAUUAAACAAAUGGAUGGUUCUAAGAGAUCCUCGCAUUCCAACGCAUAUUUAUACGGCUUGUGGAAGUUCAAAAAGCUGCGUGGUUUCUCAUGAAUUAGGACAUUGGAAACACAAACACGUCGCGAAGAUGUUAACAUUUUCGUUUGCUAAUUUAUUCGCAAUGUUCUUUCUUUUCAAAAAGUUCAAGGAUAACAAAAAUAUGUACAAUAGCUUCGGAUUCCAUGGAGUCACUUCUUUUGUAAUAGGAAUAUCUCUAUUUUCAAAUAUCUUCACCGUUCUGGGAAUAUUGACGAAUCUUGUUAAUGUUACCCUGACAAGAUUCCACGAAUUUCAAGCCGAUAAAUAUGCCGUCAAACUGGGAUAUGGAGAGGACCUAACCAAAUCACUUUUAUCUUUGCAUAAAGAUAAUAAAGCCAUGAUUUAUUAUGAUCCAUUAUAUUCAUGGUACCACUUCGACCAUCCAGUUCUCUUCGAAAGAUUGUAUUCACUCUAUCAGACCAUGGACGAAGGCAAACUUUAA